AUGCCUGCGGGACUACAGCAAGAGAAGGUUGAGGUGAGAGCAGUGGUGGUGGUGGGAGGGAAGGUGGAAGGAGCGAUCGUAGCGGAUGACCGAGGGGGGGGAAAGGAGGAGAUCCCGAGGGACACAGAGGCGCCGUGGGCUGGUGGGGUCGGGGUGGUGGGGGGAAGCGGAGGGGAGAUGCGGGGGCGGGAAGCUAAUUGGCCACGAAUCAUGGGAUUCCGCUCGGUGCGCGUGGCGCUGCUGUGCGCGGUGGUGGUGGCGCUCAGCCUCGGCGGGGGGAAGCUGGGCGCGGAGGCGAUCAAGGGCAGUGACCUGACCAAGCCGUUCGAAUGCGACAAGAACAGCGACUACGGCAUGUGGUACCGGUACACGUGCGUGUGCGCGUCCAUGCAGGCGAAUGAUGUGGGAAUCUACUGGGAGCCCGCAGUCAACAUGAGCAUCGGCGUCACGUGCCCGGGCCCCAACCAGGCGGUGUUCGGGCGCAUGGCGUUCGGCAACAAGUGGUUGGAAUCCGUGGGGUACAGCUCCUGGGUAACCGAGCUCAUGCGCUGCGCGCGCCAGCCGUACCGCGGCGACGGCCGGCAGCUCUGCUACAUCUCCAACAUCCGCGGGCGCUACAAGGAGCUAUUCGUGGGCAACGGGUACGUGCCGCCCGGCGGCAAGGUGAACGGGCGCCCCUGGAACUGGAACCCCGAGCCGCCUUACAUCGGCAACAACUGGCGCUCCUGGGCCUGGGAUGAAAAGCCGUACUAA